AUGUAGAGUAAGGAAGACAUCUGGAGUUAAGUAUUAAUGAAAAAAAUCUAUAUUUUAUUUGAGGAUAAUUAUUAACAUAAAAAUUAUUCAAUGGGAGCAGCAUUGCGAUCAUUUUUUGUUCCAGUACCUCAUCAAACAGUAUGCGUAUUGUAGAGAUUUGGAAAAUACACAAGAACUUUAACUCCUGGUUUGAAUUGGAAAAUUCCUUUUAUUGAAGAGAUUGCAUAUGAGCAUUCACUAAAAGUAAAAUGACACUGAUAUUAGGAAUAAGCCUUCAUGAUCUAUGCAUAGAAUGCAGUUACAAAGGAUAAUGUAAUCAUAUAGAUAGAUGGUGUAUUGUAUAUAUAAGUUGAUGAUCCUGUUAAAUGUUCAUAUGGAGCAUAAAAACCAAUUGAUUAUGCUUAAGUAUAUUAGUGUUUAGUUUGAAUAGAUUCUUGCUUAAUCAGUAAUGAGAGCUGAAAUAGGUAAGCUGACACUUGAUUAGACAUUUGAAGAAAGAGAAAAGAUGAAUGCUCUAAUUUUGGCAGGACUGUCUGAGGCAGUAUAAGAAUGGGGAUUGAAAUGUUUACGUUAUGAGAUUAAAGAUAUAAAAGUUACUGAAAAUAUUAGGAAGGCAAUGAACAUGGAAGCUGAAGCUGAGAGGACCAAACGAACAUAAAUUUUACAUUCUGAAGCAAAAUAACAAUCAUAAAUAAACUUAGCUGAAGGAUAGAGAUUGUCAAAGAUUUUAAAAGCAGAAGGAUUAGCUGAAUCUAUUGUUAUUAGAUCUACUGCAACAGUUUAAAGAAUUGAAGCUAUAUCUAGUGCUAUGAAUUCAGAAGAAGGAGAAUUAGCUGCUAGAUUUAAUUUAGCUGAAGAAUAUCUUGAUGCUUUUAAGAAACUUGAAGGCAAAUAGAUUUUAGUCAAUAGUGAUGUUAAUAAUCCUAAAGAACUUAUUAAAAAAGCCUUAGACAUGGUUGAUGUUCGUUUACAAUAAUGAGAAUUUAUAUAACAUUAU